AUGUCGGUUACAGACUUGAGAGGCCAACCAUUAGCUGUACGAAUAACUAGUAGUUCAAGUCAAACAGAUUCAAUUCUUUCCAGUUGGAAUGAUCUUCACUGUUCUGAAUCAACCAAUAGAAGUGAUCAUUCUCCCUGUAUGAAACAAUAUAUCUCAUCAAAUCCUAUUGGACAACGUUUAAGCCAAUCCGUGGCUGACUUUAAACAUUCACCCACACAAUCACAUGAUAAUUCGUCUCAUUCACAUUCUUCACACGUGAAUAUUUCCAAACGUAAUCGUAAUAAAAGCUUAAGCCCAAAUCGUCUGUCAAAAUAUUGUCAAGAUCAUAAUACAUUCUGUGGAAUAAAACAAAGCUGCUCACAUUCAUUUGGAAGACAUACAUGCAAAUUUAUCAAUUACACUGAAGUUAAAUGUCAAAUUGACGAAUCAUCAUAUUAUGAAACUACACCGGGAUCACAUAAACAUGUUAAAACUCACCACACUUUCGAUACCAGUCAAAUGUGUAUUCCACGGAAAAAGUUAAAGAUUCGAUCCUGUGAAUUUUUAGAUGAUAUCAAACCAUCUUUGAAGAUAUUUCGAUCGAAUAAAUCGGCAGCUGUUCAUGAUGGAUCUGAGUAUAGCAGUAGUGCUGAUACACCAGAUCUUACAGUUAAAAAACAUCAUGCAAAGUUAAAAGGAUUGCUUAGAAAACGAUAUCAUCUUUAUAAUGAUUCCAGUUUAUCAACAAGGAAACUGGUUAAACUCUUUAAAUUUCGAAGAAAGAAAGAAGUUUACUUUGGGAAUAGUUCAAAGUUUGAACUUGCCAAAGCUGUGAAAACAUUAUCAGAUGUUGGCCAAAGUCUGGCUGAAGGUUCAGUGGGUACAAUAAGAUACUUAGAGAAACCUGAAGACAUUGAUGUCAUCGAACAACCAUCAUGUUCAUAUGAAACAAGUGUUUCAAGUGUACAUACAGGUACGGAACAACAUUUCGACUUGAAAAUAAACUACACUUAUAUUGGAAUUGAACAACACCUCAAAGAUGUUAGAGAUAAAAACUCUCAAGUGACACCUAUACCUUCAGCGGAUUAUUCUGAUUCUGGUCAAUGGAGUAUGAGUCAGACUACAACUGGGGAAGAUAUGAAUAAUUCAGGACAACAUAUUCUUUCAGAUUCUGAAAGUCCCUUAUUCGAUUUUGUUGACAAACAGCAACAUUUAUGCGAAACACCUUUACAGAAUGCAGUCGUCUCAUCAAUUCAACCAUGUGAUUUGGGAGAAAUAAAACUGACACCACAAUUAUCAAAGGAUCCAAUGCCUGCACAAACGAUCCUGGUAAUGGGUAGUCAUAGUCCUGUGAAUUUCUGUGUAUCGGGCUCCUCCGAACGCUCUUAUGCAAAUGAACAAACCGGUGCAAAAACUAAAUCAGGGUCAGAUUCCCAUACAGAACCGAAUCGCGCAUCAGAAGAUAAUGUCUCUGAGGUAACACUGGAGAGUGUAUCAAUGGGAAAUACUCUAUUGAAGGAGUCUUCAAUGACUCCGAAUACAGAUUUGAAUGGUAGUAAUUUAUCUAAUCACAGUUAUCAGAUACCUUCAUCGAAUUUGAAGUCUUUUUCAACAGUUUCGAGAGAGAAUAAAGACACAUUGUGCAUCUCUCAACUUUCGGAAAGUAUUACCACCUUUUCUCCACAGAAUUCUCCUUUCUAUUUGUAUUCUUCUCAAAGAAAAGUUGAAGAAUAUUCGGAAAAUGUUAAUAAAACUUUCACUGAAGGUAUUGACUGUGGAUUAAGUCAUCUUUCGACUUUUAAGCAAAAUUCAUCUGUUUCGUCUGCAUUUCAAAAAGACUUGACUGACAAUGAAUUAAGUAAAUCUACACAAGACAGUUAUCCAUCUGAAGCUGAGAUAUGUAGGGUAGGUGCUACAAGCCAUUCAGAAAGUAAAUCAAAAGAUCUACCUACCUAUGAUAGCAGUCGACAAUCUCUUGAGAAACAACUAAAUUCAAAUAAUGAGACAUCACCACAGUUGAGUUCUUCUCCGGGGAGAUACCAAGCAGUGUUGUUGUUCAUUGUGAAGUACCUACUACUUUGUGUACAAAAGAUCUAA